AUGCCGACAAUAACCUCCUCGACAUUCACCUAUGAUGUGUUUAUCAGCUUUAGAGGAGAAGACACGCGCUAUGGUUUCACUGGCAAUCUUUACAAAGCUCUUCGUGACAAGGGAAUUCACACUUUCAUUGAUGAUGACAAGCUUGAGAGGGGAGAAGAAAUAACACCUGCACUUAUGAAGGCAAUUCAAGAGUCUAGGAUUGCCAUCACUGUGCUCUCUGAAAACUAUGCUUCUUCCUCGUUCUGCUUAGAUGAACUUGAAGCCAUCCUUGACUGCAAGAAUAAAGGUCUACUUGUUAUACCAGUAUUUUAUAAGGUGGACCCUUCAGAUGUGAGACACCAGAAAGGGAGUUAUGGAGAAGCAUUGACUAAGCACCAGAAAAGGUUCAAAGAUAAGAAGGAGAAGUUGCAGAAAUGGAAGAUGACUCUGCGUCAAGUAGCUGACUUGUCGGGUUAUCAUUUCAAAGAUGGAAUUGAAUAUGAAUACAAGUUUAUUGGGAGCAUUGUUGAGUGGGUCUGUAGCGAGAUUGGUCGUGGUUGUUGUUUACAUGUUGCAGAUUACCCAGUUGGACUAGAUAUUCACGAGUACUAG